UGAGUAAAAGGGGUGGGGUUUUCUACCUGCUAGACAAAGUUCAGGGCUAAACAAAAAUGGUCUCCUAACUGCCGUCAUUUCCUUUAGAUAGCAACAAAAAUGUCGGUGCAUGGAGCCACGUUUUGAAGAGGAAUAUGCUCGUUUUGUCAGCAUUUACUCUUUAAUAACUAUGCGGAAACAAUUGUAAAGCGACACUGCGUGACUUUAUUUGCCGCCGAGUCGUGAAAAGUCGUCUUAAACAGACGCGGAGUCUCUUCGUGUAACCAUGAGUGGGGGCUUUAACUUCGGACAGCCUUCGGGCUUCUUCCAAGCCCAGAAGACCACCGCGUCCGCGGCUCCCGCUGCCGGCUUCACUUUAACAAACUCCGCUCCUGCUCCGUCAGGAGGCGGCUUCAGCUUCGGGGCUACCAGCCAGCCGGCCGCCGCCGCCGCCGCCUCCAACCCCACCGGCUCCUUCAGCUUCGGCAACGCGGCGAAGAGCUCCCCCGCCGGCGGCGGUUUCUCUUUCGGGAACCCUACCAGCACGUUUGGCCUGGGCACGGCCCCUCAGACCACGGCGGCCCCAGCGCCCACCCUAGGCUCCAUGUUGGCUUCGUCUACGGGCUCGGGGUUCACCCUGGGCGGGGGGUUGACUCCUCAGACCACCGCUGCAGCGCCCGCCGGAGGAGGCUUCAGCUUCGGCGGCGCCCCUCAGCCGCAGCCUGCCGCCGCAUCCACCGCCGCGCCUGCGGCUACAACAGCGGCGGCAGGCAGCAUGCCGUUCGGGGGCUUUAGUUUUGGCAACAAAGUCCAGGUCACCACAGCUACAGCCUCUCCCGCCCCCGCAGCAGCACCACCAGCAGGAGGUGGAGGAGGAGGGUUCAGCUUCGGAUCCACCGCGCCCUCCACCUCCACAGCAGCAGCAACAACCCAGAGUGGAGGAUUCAGCUUCGGGAUCAAGUCCUCCUCGACCCCGGCGCCUCCUGCCUACACCCAGGCCGCCUCCUCGGCUGCCCCGGGCCCGUCUCUGUUCGCCUCGGCCAUCACCACAGCUGCCCCGGCCCCCGCAGCCACCACCGGCUUCAUGCUGGGGACCACCCCGGCUCCAGCAGCGAGCACCGCGGCGCCCUCAGCAGCGGCGGCCGGUCUAAACUUCACCCUCAAGCCCUUAGGGUCGGUUGCUGCCACCACUCCCGCUUCCUCCUCCUCCUCCUCCUCCACCACCACUGCUGCUGCAGCCGCCACGACGGGCGCUGCUAUGGGCUUCACCCUGGGAGCCAAACCUUUGUCCAGCACCGCCAUGACGGCCACUACCACAGCCGGGGCCCUCGCCACCACCGCCGCCGCCGCCACCACCGCCCCGCCGGCGAUGAGCUACGCCCAGCUGGAGAGCCUCAUCAACAAGUGGAGCCUGGAGCUGGAGGACCAGGAGAGGCACUUCCUGCAGCAGGCCACCCAGGUGAACGCGUGGGACCGCAUGCUGGUGGAGAACGGCGAGAAGAUCACGUCUCUGCACAAGGAGCUGGAGAAGGUGAAGCUGGACCAGCGGAGGCUGAACCAGGAGCUGGACUUCAUCCUGUCGCAGCAGAAGGAGCUGGAGGACCUGCUCUGUCCGCUGGAGGAGUCGGUGAAGGAGCAGAGCGGCACCAUCUACAUGCAGAACGCCGACGAGGAGCGGGAGAGGACGUACAAGCUGGCGGAAAACGUGGACGCGCAGCUGAAGAGGAUGUCGCAGGACCUGAAGGAGAUCAUCGAGCACCUGAACACGUCCAGCGGCCCCGCAGACACCAGCGACCCGCUUCAGCAGAUUUGUAAAAUCCUCAACGCCCACAUGGAUUCCCUGCAGUGGAUCGACCAGAACUCUGUUCUCCUGCACAGGAGGGUGGAGGAAGUGUCCAAACUCUGUGACACGCAGCGCAAGGAGCAGGAGAAAACCUUUCGCCUAACAUUUGACUGAAGAAUAAGUUGAUCUGAGUGUGUGUAGGCUUUACGCUACAGGGAAAAGCCUUGUUUCUCUUUUGGCUCCACUAAUUCCUGCUCCUUUUUUUCAUCCCUGGCCCUGCAGCUCGGUUGCUUUGCAUAAAGAAAGUGAAUAUUUUUGGAUUCCAUAAGCUUUAUAAACAAAUGUUUGUGCUCAUGUAAGUUCUUCUGGAUAUGAGGAAAAUGUUUGUAAUUUCUUUUGAAUUAGUAGAUGAUUAAAACUGGUAUUUCUCAAAAUAG